AUGCAGCCAGCGAGAGCUCUCAGCGAGAGCUCACAGGUGAGCGUCCCUCAGGUGAGCGUCCCUCAGGUGAGCGUCUCUCAGGUGAGCGUCUCUCAGGUGAGCGUCUCUCAGGUGAGCGUCUCUCAGGUGAGCGUCUCUCAGGUGAGCGUCUCUCAGGUGAGCGUCUCUCAGCGAGAGCUCACAGGUGAGCGUCCCUCAGGUGAGCGUCCCUCAGGUGAGCGUCUCUCAGGUGAGCAGCUCACAGGUGAGCGUCCCUCAGGUGAGCGUCCCUCAGGUGAGCGUCCCUCAGGUGAGCGUCCCUCAGGUGAGCGUCCCUCAGGUGAGGGUCCCUCAGGUGAGCGUCCCUCAGGUGAGGGUCCCUCAGGUGAGCGUCUCUCAGCGAGAGCUCUCAGGUGAGUGUCUCUCAGUUGAGCGUUCCUCAGCAGCUUCUUAAACAGCGUACUGAUGAGCAGCUGGACACAGUUUUAGUUUGAAGGCAUCAGUCUCUCACCGACUUGUUUUUGUCAUCCAUGGUUUAAUUUCUGUCCCUCCAUCCAGGCGGCCGCUCUGCAGGGCGCGCAGCACACAGACGUGAUGUGUAAACAGUAUUUUAAGUUAUAAUGUUCCACUUCUUUGUAUUGUAACCCUGUUGUCUUAGACGGAGCUGUGUGUGCGCAGCCUGCAGGACGCCUCUGCACUGUUGUUAGUCAUGCUGACGCUGGUUCAGCCCUGUGAGGACCUGAGGGAGCCCUGUCUGUCCCAUGUGCCUGUAAACACAACUUAACAUUUGAAUAAUAAAGAAUUACUACAGGAA